AUGGCGCACGUGGCACGAGAGUUAGACCUGAAUGCUUGCUAUGGGCCCGGCACCGUUAUGGACAGAAUGAACGCGGUGCCGGGCUUAAAGACUAGUACAGCAUUCUUCUUCUUCCUCCGGGCGAAUCUCGUUGUCAAUCCCUCGGCGAUAUCAACGCCGGAUAUGGAGCCAGCACCAUCAAGUAGGCUCCCGCCGCCUUCGCCGUUACCGUUUGUGACGAUUGAUCCACCUACACACCCAGUACCACCGGAUCUUCCACCAUUAUCUGUGGGUACCUUGGACGGCAAGACCGACAAGCUGGAUGCGCUGAAUCUGGUCACGGACUCGAUAGCCCAGCAGAGGCAGUCCUCUUCGUACCAUUUAAUUUUCCACCCCUACUUACUGGCUAUUCUGGCCGUGUGCCUCGGCAUCGCGUACGAGUACUCCUGGCGCAUAAAGCGCGACCUCGGCACGGCGCUGAUGUUACAUUCCGGGGUGAUCAUGACUUAUUUGAUGACCAUCCGGUAUUUUACGGGCCAGUACAUCCAGGUAGCCGAAAGCAUGAAAUGGAGUUGGAUGGUAUCCGAGGAUGGCGAGGAGGACACCGUGAUCGGCGUGCGGUUUGGAAGCGAUCUGAUUGGUGCUCUGGUAUUACGGCUCGAGCCGAACCCGAGCCUAGCCGGGAAGAAGCGGAACCGAAAUUCGAUGCUGAGAGGGGGCAAGGGCAUAAUUCGAGCCUGGACGGUCAAGUUGAAGUAUCGGCAUAAGGGCGUCGGUUCCGAUAUGCUUCACGAAGCCGUCAAAGUGACGAGAGAAAAAUGCGGCAGGGACGCCGAGAUUGGAUUUGCGAAGGAGCACGCCAAUAGCACUAUGGUGCUACCCGAAGCGUUCAACGGGCCAUUUAGAAAGGACGAGCAGCGAGCCGCAAAGGCGUUAGAAAGAGUUCUGAGCGAGUGGGAGGGUAGUAGACGAAGACGAAAACUAUAA